CCCCAGAUUCACCUAAUUCAUUCCUACACUGCCAGAGAAUCUUUCUGGAAUAUCGAUUGGCCCGUGUGUUUGUCUCCUUUAUCAGUCCUCGGCAAUGCCAGAACCAGACCCAGUAAAAUCGCCCUCGGACGACUCACGCCAUUCGACACACAAUGCCCUCGAUCUUGAGAAACAAGACACAGCGUCGCAGUCUCUGUAUAAUGCUCCUCUGAAUAUAACUCCCUCAACCCGCCAACGGGUAACGCGCACUCAAUCCCUCACCCGGCCCAAUACCAAUCGUGGCCGCUUUACUCACCCACUUUCGCAUGUUAAGACGACAGAGGCAGAGAUAGUGGAUUUCGACGGCCCUGAUGAUCCUUACAGACCCAUCAAUUGGCCUUUUAGGAAGAAGGUCGUCACGACGUUAUUGUAUGGCUUGACUACCAUGGGGUCAACAUGGGCAAGUAGUGUUUACAGCCCGGCGGUCAACCAGAUUUCCAGCCAAUACCAUGUUGGCACAGAAGUCAGUCUAUUGGGUCUGACAUUCCUAUUGCUGGGAUUUGGACUGGGUCCUCUGUUAUGGGCGCCCUUGAGCGAAGUAUAUGGUAGGAAGCCAGCUGUUCUGGUGCCCUACUUCAUUGCUGGUUGCUUUUCUUUUGCCACGGCUUGUUCAAAAGACAUCCAAGCUAUCCUCAUUACAAGGUUUUUUGCUGGUAUAUUUGGAUCAGCACCUGUCACCAAUACUGGUGGCGUUCUUGGAGACAUAUGGUCCCCUCAGCAAAGAGGAACUGCAAUUGUUGGAUAUGCGUUUGCUGUCGUUGGAGGUCCUACACUUGGGCCCAUCGCAGGAGGUGCCAUUGUAUCAAGUUAUCUGAGGUGGAGAUGGACUGAAUACUUGACUGGGAUUAUGAUGAUGUUCUUCCUCCUCCUCGACGUCCUGAUCCUCGACGAGUCAUACCCACCCGUUCUGCUUGUGGCGAAAGCCCGUCGCUUGCGGCAUGAGACAGGAAACUGGGCUUUGCAUGCCCGCCAUGAGGAAUGGGAUGUGAGUAUCAAAGAAUUGGCAAACAAGUGGUUGAUGAGGCCAUUUCUGUUGUUGGCCACUCCAAUAUGCUUUUCCGUGGCGCUCUACGCCUCAUUCUGCUACGGAAUCUUAUAUCUGUGUUUGGCUGCGAUCCCCAUCCAGUUCGCGGAGGAGCGCCAUUGGGGCCCCGUGACUUCUGAACUUCCCUUCCUUGCAUUGUUGCUAGGAAUAUUCGGAGGCGGGGCAGCCAACGUUCUAAACAACAAAUUCUAUAUCCAGAAGUUCGAAAAGAACGGCAACAAAGCCGUUCCAGAGGCUCGUCUCCCUCCCAUGAUGAUUGGCUCUGUCUUCUUCGCAGCAGGGCUGUUUAUUUUCGGCUGGACGUCCUAUAGGCACGUCUUCUGGAUCGCGCCAUGCAUUGGUCUUGUCUGCAUGGGCUUCGGAUUCUUCACCAUCUUCCAGGCAGCGCUGAACUACCUCAUCGACACAUUCCAGAAAUACUCUGCAAGUGCAGUUGCCGCCAACACCUUCCUACGCUCUAUAUUCGCCGCCGUGUUCCCGUUGUUUGUGAAUCCAAUGUUCCAUAAUAUGGGUAUCCCAUGGGCGAGUAGUCUUCUAGGAUUUAUUGCCCUAGCCCUGAUUCCGAUCCCUUACUGCUUUUACAUAUAUGGGCCGAGUAUCAGGAAGAGAGGGAGGUUCACUGCUGAGGUCAUGUAAAUGGGAUUGGACAAGUCUGUAAAUAGAGCUUAGAUACCCAUAAAUGCCUAAUCAUGAUACCCU